AAAUUGUGCAGGACUUUGGUGGCUGUCCUCACAUACGAUGCUGUUGUCCGGGUCUCAUGUGCAGGCUGCUUUCCCACGCCAAAUUCUGUACCUUAGGUCGACAUUGCUUACUCAUCCUCGUACGAGGCAUAGUAACAUGCAUAUCUCCCUCCAAUGGAUCGAGCAGUGCGUCGGAUGAUCGCAGACCCAUCUUCAACCCCUCGAUAUGCUUUCAUGCGCUACUUACAUGUUCCUUUUCCUUAAGGUCCGUGGUCCAACGGAGUCUAGUCUCUUUCUGGAAGCCUACUCUUCACACUGAGUGCUGGUGGCAUCAUGUAAAACGGCCACUGAGUUGCAUAUGCAACGUCCGUUACUUUAUAAGAAAAUAGAGAAUCACCUCAAUCCCUGCAGUACAUUCCAUAACCUGCAGUUUCCUCAAUAUGGUGUCCGGAUAUGCCAACUCCACCAUGCCAACAGGUUCAUUAGAUGCCAACAACUUCCUACCCUCGCUAGUUCACAAUGCUCAUUUCACAAGAUGGCUGACCUGGCAAACGUUCUGCACAGCACUGCUCGCUGUGGUGAUUUAUGACCAAGUGAUGUACCAGGUCCGAAAAGGCUCUAUCUCAGGCCCAAAGUUCAAGAUUCCCCUCAUGGGUCCAUUCCUGCAGGCACUACACCCACGAUUCGAUGGCUACCUCGCACAAUGGGCCAGCGGCCCCCUCAGUUGUGUCUCUGUCUUCCACAAGUUCAUCGUUCUAGUCUCAGACCGCGACUUUGCGCACAAAGUCUUCAAGUCCCCUGCCUACGCCGAGCCCUGCAUCGUACCCAUCGCCAAAGACAUCCUCGGCCAUAACUCGUGGGUCUUCCUCCAGGGCCGCGCCCACGCCGAGUACCGUCGCGGCCUCACUCCGCUCUUCACCAACAACGCAAUCGCCACCUACCUGCCAGUGCAGGAGAAGGUGCUCGCCACGUACUUCGACAAGUUCGUCGCUGCGAGCGAGGCAGAGCUUGGCCGACCGAGGGAGUUCAUGACGCUGUUCCGCGAGAUCAACUGUGCGCUGUCGUGCAGGACGUUCUUUGGGGAUUACAUCUCUGAGAGCGCAGUAAAGAAGAUCGCCGAGGACUUCUACCUUGCGACUGCGGCGUUGGAGUUGGUCAAUGUGCCGUUUUCGAUGUAUAUCCCUUUCACAAAAACCUGGCUCGGGAUCCGCACCUCCACCGCUGUCCGUGCCGAAUUCGCGCGCUGUGCCGCCGCCUGCCGCGCCCACAUGGCCUCUGGCGCACUCCCAACCUGCAUUGUAGACCACUGGGUCCUCCACAUGAUGGAGUCUUCUCGGUAUCGGGUUCGCGUCGCCGCAGGCGAGCAAAACGUUGAGAAACCCACCAACCUCAUCCGCGACUUCACCGACGAGGAGAUCGGCGAGACUCUUUUUACCUUCUUGUUCGCCUCACAAGACGCCUCCUCGAGCGCUACAACGUGGCUCUUCCAGCUCCUCGCCCAGCGGCCCGACGUACUUUCACGGCUGCGGGACGAGAAUCUCGCCGCACGGGGCGGCGAUGCGAGCAAGGGAUUUACGCUGCCUAUGCUGGAGACACUGCCGUACACCACCGCCGUCAUAAAAGAGCUGCUGCGCUACCGCCCGCCCGUGAUCUUCGUCCCGUAUCUAGCGACCAAGCCGUUCCCCCUGACACCGAGCUACACCGCGCCAAAGGGCAGCAUGAUAAUCCCCAGCUGUUAUCCCGCCCUCCACGACCCCGUCGCCUACCCCCUCCCCGAAACCUUCGAUCCAGACCGCUGGAUCACAGGCGACGCAGAGAAACAAACCAAAAACUGGCUCGUCUUCGGCGCCGGCCCGCACGACUGCCUCGCGCGACGCUACGUGCCCCUCUCGCUCGCUGCUAUGAUUGGCAAAGCCGCACUCGAGCUCGACUGGACGCACCACGCCACACCUCAGAGCGAAGAAAUCCGAGUCUUCGCGACGCUGUUCCCCAUGGACGGGUGUCAGUUGGUUUUCCAGAAAAGGGAGUAGACACAGUAUCAUGAUGACCAAUUUUGCGUGCAUGGAAAGGAUGUAUAAUGUGUCUAUGCAGGGACCAGGAAACACAGAAUAGCAAC